AUGGAACACUUUACAGACACAUACCCUAUACUUCAGGAGGACACACAUGAGGAUGUUAAUGACAUAGAAGGAAGAUUGGAAACUCAGAAUUCUGGUAGAUUGUCAUCUCAGAUUGUGGUGAAUCCAAAGCAAGAUGCAAAUUUUACUGAGAAUAUCAAUGCAAUCACCCUACGGAGUGGUAAGGAGUUGAAGGAUCCUAAAAAGAAGAUCCUAAAAUAUGCAAAAGAAAAGGAGAUUGAAUGCGAAAUUGAGCCAAAACAAGCCCAAAAAUCGUCCUCUCCUAUAAAGAAGUGUAUGCUACCUUCUGUGGUCAUUCCACCUCAUUUCCUGAGUCGACUUGCAAAGAACAAAAAGGAACAAUGGACCUUUAAAACCCACGGUGUAAUAAUCCAAUUAGCUGAUAGGUCCAAUGCAUAUCCCAAAGGGGUGUUAGAAGAUGUUCUUGUUCAAGUUAAUGAACUGAUUUUUGCUGCUAACUUUUAUGUGCUUAACAUGGAAGAUGAUAACUCAUCUAAAUCAGUCCCAAUUUUGCUAGGAAGGCCUUUUCUUAAGACAUCUAGAAUAAAAAUCGAUGUUUCGGAAGGUACUUUAACUAUGGAAUUUGAUAGUGAAAUUGAAGCUAAGGCAACAAGAACUGAUGAUGCUACAACUGUUGUAGGAUUUGUCAAGACUUACAUUUUUUCCAAGUAUGGAACACCAAGAGCCAUUAUAAGUGACCGUGGAACCUAUUUUUGCAAUCGGGUCAUGGAGGCAUUACUUAAGAAGUACAAUGUCACUCACCGAGUCUCCACCGCAUACCAUCAAACUACAUACAAGACUCCGAUAGGUAUGUCUCCUUAUCGCUUAAUAUUUGGUAAAUCUUGUCAUCUCCCAGUUGAAUUGGAACACAAGGCCUAUUGGGCACUCAAACAAUGCAAUACGGACUUGAACAAGGCACGUAAUCAUAAGAAGUUACAACUUCAAGAAUUGGAGGAAAUCAGAAAUGAUUCCUAUGAAAAUUCCCGGAUUUAUAAAGAAAAGACUAAACUUUUCCGUGAUAAAAUGAUUUCUAGGAAAACCUUUCAUGUUGGACAAAGAAUGAAAAUCAGAAGUAGUGACCAUGACUACGAGGGCUUAUCUUAUGUCUCCCAAGUCCCUUUCUUCAUCCUUGACAUGUUUAAUCUUCAUGUCGUUGAUCUAGAUAAGGAAAAAAAGAACAAACAGCCAAUAACUGAGGGCCAUCAUUCAGACCCGCGAUUGGUUGAGUCCUAUUCAGAGUCCACAUUAUGGUACCGUCAAGCGUUUGAUAAAGACACUCGACAUGUCUUCCUCGGGGGACCAUCUGAAAUGACCGCCCAUUUGCCUAAACCAUAG